AUCAGUCUUUUUCCGUACCUGCAUCGAAUCGGAUAUCCGACUGGUAUAUUAACGCUCCGAGUGGCGCGUAUCGCGGAUCUGUUCUAAUUGCAUUUUUGACUCGUUAGUCAGUUGUUUAGUCAAUGAAUAGUUGAGCCGCAACCAGCUCAGCUGCAGCCUGACAAAGUAAUAUCUAAAGAAAACUGCGUUUCAGCCAGUGCCGCGGAGAUACAGGGGCAGUCUAUUAAAAGAAUACACAUAUCUGAAUACAUAUAUUUUAAUCGCGUUCGCGUAACAAAAGCCAAAUAGAUAAGAUAGCUACAACAAAAAUUAUUUCGAAAAUGCGUCGAGAAAAUUAAGAAAUGCAGAUAUAUUUCAAUAGUGCUAUAGGGAAGAUGUAUCUACUGUUUUCUUACAUAUAUUGUUUGUGAGUGAGGGGGUAAAAACAGCUGUGGAGUUUUAGUUUUUUUUUAAAAAGCUUUUCCUUCCACAUUUAAUUGUCAGUUGUCGAAUAAAUAGGCUAAGAAGCGAAUGCGACAGUCUGAUUAAAAUAGAAAACAUCUGCUAUACUCCUACGUGAUGUAUAUACGGAAAACGCUCCUACUGGCUUGCCUUGUUUUGCUGUUCGGGGGACUCCCGCCUCUCACCUUCCCUGCAACGACCACUACCUUAGUGGCGGCCAUGUCCAUCGCAAAUCAGGACUUGGAGCGCUACUUUCGACCAGGCAACGGCACUCACAGCUUCUCCGGCAUGGAAGAUCGUAUUGCCGUGGACGUCUAUAACUACGCCUUUCUUAACUGGUCAUACGUAGAGCACGGUAACAUGCUGUGCAACAUGGAAUUCGCCCAAGAACAGGCCCGUUACGGAGAGGGCAAGGUGUUGAACGUAACGGGACGGUUAAUUCACAUCACCGCCACGGACAACUUUAGUGACGAUUACGCGUGCACGCCGUACAUCCGAGGAACCUUGGGAGCACCCAUACCAGAUAAAGGGGAGACAUGGAUUGCAUUGGUGCGACGGGGCCGCUGCACCUUUGAGGAAAAAGUUAAACAUGUCUACCAGCAAAAUGCUGCCGGUGUUAUUAUUUAUAACGACAAGCAAGUAAUGCAGCUGGAGAAGAUGCAGAUCAAGGGCAAAACAAGAAACAUAGCCGCCGUUAUAACUUAUCAGAACAUUGGGCAAGACCUGUCUUUGACUCUUGAUAAGGGCUAUAAUGUAACUAUUUCGAUCAUCGAGGGAAGACGAGGUGUUCGCACCAUUAGCAGCUUAAAUAGAACAUCAGUGCUGUUUGUGUCGAUUUCAUUUAUUGUUUUGAUGAUUAUUUCUCUGGUUUGGCUCAUCUUCUACUAUAUUCAGAGGUUCCGUUACAUGCAGGCGAAGGACCAACAAUCGCGCAAUCUCUGCUCUGUUACCAAAAAGGCUAUCAUGAAGAUUCCAACAAAAACCGGAAAAUUCAGCGAUGAAAAGGACUUGGAUAGCGACUGCUGUGCUAUAUGCAUCGAAGCCUAUAAGCCCACGGACACCAUACGGAUAUUGCCGUGCAAGCACGAGUUCCAUAAAAACUGCAUAGAUCCGUGGCUUAUAGAGCAUCGAACCUGUCCCAUGUGUAAGCUCGACGUCCUGAAGUUCUAUGGAUAUGUGGUGGGUGACCAAAUCUAUCAAACACCGAGUCCACAGCAUACAGCGCCAAUCGCCUCCAUAGAGGAGGUGCCCGUCAUUGUGGUGGCCGUGCCGCACGGGCCGCAGCCUUUGCAGCCGCUCCAGGCCAGCAACAUGAGUAGUUUCGCUCCUAGUCACUAUUUUCAGAGUAGUCGUAGUCCUAGCAGUAGUGUCCAGCAGCAGCUAGCGCCACUAACGUAUCAACCACACCCGCAGCAGGCGGCAUCGGAGCGCGGCAGACGUAACUCCGCUCCCGCCACAAUGCCGCACGCUAUAACUGCCAGUCAUCAGGUGACCGACGUCUAAAAUAUCGUCAACUACCCACGAACAAGGCUUAGGUACAAAGUACAGCCUACUCUGUACAUAAAAACUCGUGUAUUCAAUAGUCAGCUAUACCACCAGACCAAUAUUCAUAUUCCUUUAGUAAGACCCUUGCAUCGGAAUUUGUAUAGUUAAACUGGCGCAAACCCGUCCGUUGAGUCCAAUGUUAUAUUCAGCCUAAUUGUAUUUUUUAUUAUUUUGAAAUGUAAGUCUGUAAGUAGUCAAUAUGCAUUUUGGUACAGAUUAGGUUCACAGGUUAUGCGAAUGUGCAGCCUAUAUUUUUCAAUGCCCUUACAAAUGGACGUAGUGUAGCAAGUUCAAGCAGUUGACUGAAGUUUAACGUAUUCCUCGUUUUACUUAAUUAUAAGUUAUGAUAAAAAAUUAUAAGAGUAACGAAAAAUCUUAUGGAUACAUUCACUCAUGUGUAAAUAAACUCAUUUAAGAGCAGUGUACUUAAAAAAGCUGAUACAAAGACUUCCAUUUUAAUUUUUUAAAGCCCCACACACAUUUACAUGUAUUUAAGCAACAAUAUAAAAUACCGUUGGAAGUUUAACUUGAAAGCGGAAUCAUGAAUACACUUAAAUCGCAUAGGGUUUAAGCAUAUGAUUAUGUUCUAUAAGACUAACAAUUGUCGAUAAAAGUAUGCAAAGGAAAUUACUUCCGAGUAUGAACCCUUAAAUUCAAUACACUGAAAUUUAAUACCAAUACAAUUAUAAACAGUGACUAUAUCUUAAAGCUGUAGAAAAGGUAAUGGUAAAUGCAAUAAAUAUAGCAAGAUCACCGACUGUGUUGCUAGUCACCCAUAGACGGCUACACAAAUCGCAGCCAGCGCAUAUUGUGAAUCAAUGACUGCUGUAAUAUCACAGUUUUUAGGAAGCGAGGAAAGUAUUCUGGAAUAUCAGCCUGAUCCCCCGCAGGGACUGGCACUGGUUGAGGCACGGGACGAAUCUGCGGAUCUUAAUCGAAGCCGCGACUUUGUAGUAGACUUUCCGCGAGUAUUUGUCCUCGACAGCGGUUGUGUUGUGGGAGCCCGCGAAAUGCUGUUCCCGUGUCGGAUACCCGAACGAUCUCAGAGCUCCCUAUCGCUUAGACAAGCUCGUGAUUGGGUGAGCCUGAUGAGCAACAAGCUCGAGGAGCAACAGGGACUGCGCAGCAUGCGCAAUGAUGAAAUGCAGCAGCAACUUCUUAGUGCGCGAGAGUCGGCUCGCCACCGGCGAUCGCGAUCAGCGGAUGGGCGCUACUCGACUGGAUGCUUUGGUGGUCGCCAACGCCAGCCCUCUGUGCUGGUGUCUAGCCUAGGUCAGCCGCAGCUCCAUAGCGAAGUCGCCCAGAUGCAGCGCUCGAACUCGUCGCAGGCCUUGAAGCACCUGACAGACGCCGCCCAUGCCCAGUCACGGCAACGGCAGCGUGAAAGUUUUGACUUCGCCCGUACUCGGAGACGAUUCAUGAGGCGCGAGAGCGACGAAAUAUCCUUGCGCUCACUUCCCAGGAGAGGAGCAACGUCUGCGGCACAUCGACAGUUGCAUCGGGAGAGAGAGCCAGAUGACAGCGUACACACUGACCAAAUUACCAUUCAGGUAAAUGGGAAAGGUGUGGACCUUAACCAGUGAUUAAAGUGCAAACGCUUAUUUGAUGAACCAAUUGUAUUAAAUGUAACGCAUCUAUCUUAGAAACUUUUAAAAAAUUGUAUUAGAACCCGUUUAUUUGAGGGUGCAAAUAAAAUACAUAUCUCGUUGCACUUCUAAUAAAAAGCCGAAUUGAAAUGG